AAACCACCCCAUACCCAACAGAAACUAAACUUUUCAAGUAUAAUGCAAGGCUUGGUUGGCUGAACCACAACCAAAAGAUGAAAAGAACAGUCUUCAACCUCGAGCUUCUCUUUAAUGGCUAGACUAGCUCUCUUCACCAUCUUCUUCCUCUUCAUCUCCCUCUUAUCCACGGCACACUCUACAGUCAAACCAGAGAUUAAGGUACAACAGGACAAGGAUGAGCCAUAUGUGGGAGUGAACAUAGGUACAGAUGUAUCAAACUUACUCGCACCUGCAGAUUUAGUUUCAUUUCUUCAGCUACAAAAGAUUUCACACAUACGUCUCUAUGAUGCUGAUAGUGAAAUCCUCAAAGCACUUGCCAAGACCAAAAUUAGAGUCAUUAUCAGUGUACCCAACAACCAGCUUCUUGCAAUUGGGUCCUCCAAUGCCACUGCCGCCACAUGGAUCGGCCGCAAUGUCGUGGCCUACUACCCACAAACCCUCAUUACCGCCAUUGCUGUUGGUGAUGAAGUCUUGACCACCGUACCCAGUUCAGCUCCUAUGCUUAUGCCAGCAAUUGAAUCUCUUUACAGUGCUUUAGUGGCCUCAAAUUUGCAUACCCAGAUAAAGAUUUCAACUCCAAACGCAGCCUCACUUGUUCUUGACCCUUUUCCACCUUCUCAGGCCUUUUUCAAUCAAACCCUAAGUCCAAUAAUUUCACUAUUAUUGCAAUUCUUAUCGAGAACCAAGUCGCCUUUGAUGAUGAAUUUGUACCCUUACUAUGUGUUUAUGGAAAACAAAGGGGUUGUUCCCAUAGAUAAUUCACUUUUCAAGCCUUUGACACCCUCAAAAGAAAUGGUUGAUCCUAACACUUUGCUUCACUAUACAAAUGUUCUUGAUGCUAUGAUUGAUGCUGUUUACGUUUCUAUGAAGAAUCUGAAUGUUACGGAUGUGGUGGUUCUUGUUACUGAAUCUGGGUGGCCUUCAAAGGCUGAUUCCAAAGAGCCUUAUGCAACAAUUGACAAUGCGGAUACAUAUAACUCGAACUUGAUUAAGCAUGUUUUCGAUCACAAUGGGACGCCAUUACAUCCGGAAAUCACUUCUAGUGUGUACAUAUAUGAGUUGUUCAAUGAGGACUUGAGGUCACCACCAGUAUCCGAGGCUAACUGGGGUCUAUUUUAUGGGAAUUCAACGGCAGUGUACCUGCUUCAUGUGUCUGGAAUUGGUACAUUUUUGGCUAAUGACACAACGAAUCAGACAUAUUGCAUAGUCAUGGAUGGGGUUGAUACAAGAACAUUGCAAGCGGCAUUGGAUUGGGCUUGUGGACCGGGAAGGGCGAAUUGUACAGAGAUUCAGCCAGGAGAGAAUUGUUACCAGCCUAAUAAUGUGAAAAGCCAUGCUUCUUAUGCAUUUAAUAGCUAUUACCAGAAGGAAGGGAAGGCUGCUGGGUCUUGUGACUUUAAGGGUGUGGCCAUGAUCACCACCAGUGACCCAAGUCACGGGAGUUGUAUAUUUCCUGGAAGUAACGAGAUAGACAAUAAAACAGGCCAGGUGGUUAACUCAACACAAGUGAGUGGUGCAGAUGCAAUUCGAUUCAUUGGUCUCCAUGGCACUCUAAUAAGUGCAUUCAAGAAGAGUUCAUGUGUUCUCUUGGGCUUCACCUUUGCUCUGUCAUUUAAUUCAUUGCUUCUAUAACCAAAUGUUGAGAAAAUAACUUCAUGGGUGAUUAUUCUUUUGGACAAAUGAUCGAUCUUUUGCUGGCCUCCUGGGGUAAAUAUGUUGUAAUUAGUGCAAUUCCUUAAGGGGGUUUGUACCAUAUCCUGCCCUGGUAGCAGCACACAAGGCACCAACAUAGAGAAGGGCAAUUUUGGGGUUUAAUAAUGGUGAAGAUGAGCAAGUUGUAUCCUUCAAAAAGCAUUAAUCUCUUCUUUUUUUUUUUUUUUAAUUUCUCAUAUGCUGUUCUUUUCUACAUUGGUUUUGUAUGUAUGAGGAAUUAGUCCUAUAAUAAAGGCUUCCCCAUUUUGGUAGUGAUGGUUGCUUCAUUGUUGUGGUUGUGGGGUCACUGAAAGGUAUCAAUAAUGGAGAAAAGAUUGGUAAAGUCAUACAUUGAUCAGUUGUUGCAGUCCAUUAAUGUAGCUGGGUCCUAGCUGGUAUGGUCUCCAUUUUCAUCUCGUGUGUUGAGG